GCUAAAAUUCGAUUCGAUAGAAUUAUUCGAGAUUUUUAGAAAAUUCUAUAAAGUUGCAGCUUUUCCCAAUUUUGUAUUUGAUUCGAAGUCGAAUCAAAUUAUUCUUAAAAUUCGAUCGAAUUAUUCGCAAUUCGCCAAAUUAAAUAACUAAGGUUGGAACUCGUUAAAUGGUGACGCCAUGGGUUGAUGUUUACUAAACCCUCUAUUGUUAAACCCCAGAUGGAAUGAUGAAAACCAGUCAGGGCUUCUCGGUUCCCUUCCAUGGCUGAUCUUCUGCUGCUUCUCUGUUUUCUUAGCAAACCCUCUAUGGCGAUCUCUCAGAAAUCGGGAAGAAGCAGGUGGUCACGGCAGCACUGGAGCUGUAGGAGAUGAGGGCUUGCGAAGAAAGUUGCUGGAUUUGGCCUUCCAUCACUCAGUGAGCUUGCCAGGCUGCUGAGAUCAUUGCCUCUGUUAAUGGGAUUAAUCGUAGGGUCCAACAGCACAUUUUUCGCUCUUAAGGGAUUGAAGUGUCGAUAUUGGAGCCUUUUCUGCCUACGUACUGAGUAGCACUGUGAGUUGUACAGUUUCUUGGAUGCUCGUGGUUUGGGAGCUUACGAAGUGAAGAACUUGGAUGUACUUGCAUAGAUAAGGGCAGGUCGGUGGUCUUCAACAAGUAGGUUUGAUAUAGAGGGACAUAACAGAGUAAAAGAGUAUUUUCCAGUUUUUUUUUUUUUUCCCUAAGCUAACACCAUUAUUCACAUUGGCUGCGUCUUCAGAUUUUCCGGAGAAAGCUCCGGUAACACCCGCUCGCCCCUUUAGUCGAGGGAGCUGGUUUCCUCCAUCGGAAGUGAUUUCUCUCUCUCUCACAGAUGUGUUAGGAAUAUGGCCGAAAAAACUCCAUUAAAUUUAAAGGAGGAGAAGCGCAUUCUUCCACCUUCACAAGUCAAAACUCUCUGUUCUUGUUGAUUUCCUGCUAUACUCAGAAUCUCUCGAUCCAUUACUUUCUAAUCUCUGGUGGGUUUUGUUCAGAAUAAAGCAUUAAGAUUAAGCAGAGGAGUCAAGAAGAUUGGGAGCUCUUUUUUAUGAAUUGAUCAACAGAUUGGAACAUUAAAAGAUUACCAACUUAUUAGUCACUGGAUGUUGUUUGAAUGAACUAUAUGCGGUGUUCCUUCUAUCAUUGUGGUUCAUACAUGUCAAUGAGUGAUAAAUCGGUAUUUCUCUAGCAAUUCAAUUGCAAAAAAAUCGAAUGGGGAAGAGUGGAAGAUAUUAUUUGAAUGCAAUCCAAAGGAAAGCACAUUCAAGCAUGUUAUGGUACCAGAGGCUGUAGAAGGAAACCUAAAUUAAUGUUCAAAUCAUCUUCUGUUCUUUCAAGAACCCUUUCCAAGUCAUAUUUUCAAAAGUUCAUCCCUACAUCAUGGAAACGAAAUCUCCAAAACAGUCUCCCACAUACUCCAUAUGAAUGUGAAGAACCUGUCACAGAUUCUAAAUCUUUACCAAAAGAUCCCCCUACAAAAGCGGAAACUCUCAUAGAUUCUCUUCAGUCAUCCCUCAGGACCUUUACAAGCCAAGGCCAAUUACACCACGGCUUUAAGGUCUUCUCGAUCAUCCAGUUCCAUGCUGCUUCUUCCAAUUCUUUUGAUCUUGUAGUACACCCAAUCUCCUUGCUCCUCUCAUUAUGCAUCACCCUUAAAUCACUUCCACAAGGAAAACAACUUCAUUCUCACAUUAUCUCAUUGGGUCUUGUACAGAGUCCUGUUUUGGUUCCCAAACUUGUCACCUUUUAUUCAACCUUUAAUUUCCUUAAUGAUGCUCGUUCUAUAACUGAUAAUUCCAAUAUUUGGCAUGCUUUGCCAUGGAAUAUUUUGAUCUCUGUGUAUGUUAAGAAGGGGUUGUAUAGUGAUGCAAUCUCUUCUUAUAAACAAAUGGUCAACAUGGGGGUCAAACCUGAUAAUUUUACAUAUCCUUCUGUGCUGAAGGCUUGUGGUGAAGCAUUUGAUCUAGUUUUUGGAAGGGAGAUUCAUUGGUCGGUUGAAGCUAGCCAUCUCGAGUGGAGCUUGGUUGUUCAAAAUGCUCUGAUUUCUAUGUAUAUCAAGUGUGGCGAAGUUGGUAUUGCACGUUCAUUGUUUGACAAAAUGCCAGAAAGGGAUGUUAUUACUUGGAACACAAUGAUCUCUGGUUAUGCUUCCAGAGGAAUGUGGGUGGAGGCCUUUGAACUUUUUGAGAGGAUGCGAGAUGGAGAUAUUGAAGUGAAUAUAGUAACUUGGAAUACCAUAGCUGGUGGUUGUCUUCAGAUGUCAAACUCUAAGGGAGCACUUGAUUUGAUCUCACAAAUGAGAAAUCAUGGGGUUUGUUUAGAUAUUGUCUCAACACUUAUUGGAUUGGGUGCAUGUUCUCGAAUUGGAUGUAUAAAACUGGGGAAGGAGAUUCACAGUUCUGCUAUCCGUAGCUGUUGUGAAGAGGUCGAGAGUGUUAAAAAUGCACUGAUCACCAUGUAUUCAAGGUGUAAGGACCUGAGACAUGCUCAUGUCUUGUUCCGGUUGACCAAAACUAAGACUAUAGUUACAUGGAAUUCCAUGAUCGCUGGUUACAGCAGCUCAGAUCUAUCUGAGGAAGCCUCCUUUAUAUUUAGGGAGAUGUUAAUAUCUGGGUUUGUGCCAAAUUAUGUGACCAUUGCAAGUAUUCUUCCUCUUUGUGCUCGAGUGGCAAACUUGCAACAUGGAAAAGAGCUCCACUGUUACAUACUGAGGCAUGGAGGAUUUAAGGAUUAUUUGCUAGUAUGGAAUUCUCUUGUGGACAUGUACUCAAAAUCUGGAAAAAUCUCAGAAGCUCAAAAGGUGUUUGAGUUGAUGAGCAAGAGGGAUGAAGUCACAUAUACUUCUUUGAUCGCUGGAUAUGGGAGUCAAGGGGAAGGGCAAGUUGCACUGAAACUAUUUGAGGAGAUGAACAUGUCUAGGAUCAAACCAGAUCAUAUAACAAUGGUAGCUAUUCUGUCAGCUUGUAGCCAUUCAGGUCUUGUGUCCGAAGGACAAAUGAUCUUUGAGAAGAUGACCACCUUGUAUCGGAUAAAUCCCCGAUUGGAGCAUUUUGCUUGCAUGGUUGAUCUGUUUGGGAGGGCUGGUUUGUUGAGAAAGGCGGUAGAGAUCAUCACACGGAUGCCAUUUCGACCAACCCCCCCAAUGUGGGCCACACUCAUAGGGGCGUGUCAUAUCCAUGGGAACAUGGAGAUUGGGGAAUGGGUGGCUGAGAAAUUGUUAGAGAUGCAGCCUGAUAAUGCAGGAUACUAUGUUUUGAUUGCUAACAUGUAUGCAGCUGCUGGCUGUUGGAGCAAGCUAGCAAAGGUGCGGACAUUCAUGAGAGACUUGGGAGUGAGAAAGACUCCUGGUUGUGCUUGGAUUGAUGUGGGCAGUGGAUUUUACCCAUUUCUAGUUGGGGAUAGAUCAAACUCACAUGCACAAGAGAUUUAUUCAUCAUUGGAAGGAUUGACUGAGCUUAUGAAAGAUGCUGGCUAUGUUGCCUCCAAUAAUUUGGAUUUAUUAGCAAAUGAAGACUUUGAGUGAGAGUAUGGACAAGAAAACUCAUCUGAAGCUCAUGCCUAUUACAAGGCCUAAUACAAAUUGUACUUGGGUGCUCCUGUUUGCAAUGAACUUGCAAUAAUACACCUACAAGUGAGAUCUCUUAGCAGCACCAGGAGGACAGGUCAUUUGAGAACCAUUCAACAAACUUCUGUGCAUUCUUAUUGAAACUGCAAGCAGCUAUAUGCCAUGGGAAGCUGAUGUUGAGCAUCCUUGUCAAACAUUGGAUUAAGGGUAAAAGGGAAAGAUGUAAUCAAGGAUAAUAAAUGUUCAAACUCGAACAUGGAAAGCUUGGUGGGACCAUAUUGGAGUAAUGCCUUUCUCUCUCUACCCAGCUCUGCCUAUAAGUUCUGAUAGAACUACUUGUUUUUAAGCAGUUUUGUAACUCCAGGUAAUCUCUCUCUCCACCUAAAGGAACUCAAUCUUUGCUCAUAUGUGGCCCUGAUAUCUGAGGAGAACAGCAAAUCUCCAAUGGCCAAUACUCGAUCUUAGCUUGAGCAUUUUCUAAUCUGUUGCUGACCUCUCUCUCUUUCCUAUUUUUGGUUUCAGACUCAUCACAAUCUUGAGUUGAAUUCAUAAUCUGUAGCUCAGAGAAUUGUUUUGUUGAAGUAGGUGAGAGAUUAUUUUUGUAUGCAUUAUACUGUGGAUUAAUUUUAUUUAGUAUAAUAGGGAAUUGUAGGUGGGAUAAUCAAUGUUGAUGGAAUUUGUGUUCUGUUAGUUAUUACACGUUUUAAUUCUUUUAGAAAGGUUUAUAUUCCAAAUGGAUUGUGAACCUUUGUUCCUUUGAGAUUUUUAUUUUAUUUUAUCUGAUUAGUCUUUGUUGUGUAUGCUUUGUAUAAUGAGUUCUUACAUUCUUAUAUAGAGAUGGAGUUUUUGUUUCUUUUGAUCA